AAUAACUAUAGUGGCUGAGAUUUUUUUCCCCAAUUAUUUUUUCUUUCGAAAAACAUUUCGAAAUUGAAAUUAAAGAUAUAGAGAGCAGCGGACGAAGGAGCUCCUCUUCUUUCUCUUUUUCUCUCGAUUCUUCGUCUUCUCGCAAGAAGAAAUAGUCUUUUUAGUUCUCCAUUGAUGCUGAGAUCUCGAGCUCGAUUACGAGUAUAUUAAGCUUUGUUUGGUUUGGAUCGGCGGGAUGGGGAUUGGAUGUGCCUGAUGCGCGCUGCAUCGGCCGCUAGAGGUUGCAGGAUCAUGGCUGCUGACUGGACUUUAAUUUGUGGUAGAUGUGAUUAAGUUAUGAGGUAUUAUAUUCGUCAAAUUGAGCGGUUGAUUGGAGACAUGGAAGGAGAACUUGUGCUAUUUGUUGAUUACUUGGAGGAGAGCUAGUACCCAAAGCUGCUGUGUUUUGUUCUUGUUGAUUUUAGGAUUUGAGAUCUGGCAACAAAUGGAAACGAAUUCUUCGGGUGAAGAGCUUGUCGUAAAGACAAGAAAACCAUAUACAAUCACGAAGCAGCGAGAGAAGUGGACCGAGGAAGAACAUAACAAGUUUAUUGAAGCUCUGAAACUGUAUGGAAGAGCUUGGCAGCGGAUUGAAGAGCAUAUUGGUACAAAAACAGCAGUGCAGAUUCGGAGUCAUGCACAAAAGUUCUUCACAAAGUUGGAGAAAGAAGCCAUUACAAAAGGUGUCCCUCUUGGACAGGCUCAUGACAUAGAAAUCCCUCCUCCAAGACCUAAAAGGAAGCCAAGUAGUCCAUAUCCUCGAAAAACCGGUGGAGGUUCUCUCUCUUCAUCCGGGGAAGCAACAGAGGAGAAAUCAUUGAAAUCUCUUCCUCCUUUGAUAACCUGUAAACAAGCUGGAGAUGUUGCAAACAAUGCAGGUUGGAAGAUACAAGGAGAGAAAGACAAUUCUGAAGAAGGCAGCUGCUCAGAAGUUCUCAACCUUUUCCAAGAUACUCCUGCUGCUUCCAUCUCUUCACUGAGCAACGGGUCUUCGAACCUCUGUGCCUACAACAGACUCAUGCCCCUCGAGAAAGGAAUGAAAGACAAGACCAUGUUAAAAGGGUCUUCGAUGUCCAUUGAGGUGAAUGAAAAUAGGAAAGAAAAUAGCUCAGUCAGUGCAAAUCGCAGCAGUGCAGAACUUAAAGGAACUUACGUAAGCUUAGAGAUGAAAUCUGCACAGGAAGAGGGAGUAGACGUAUCUAAGCAGCCAGACAACAUGGAUUUAGCGACUGACAAUCUGCAAGGUAAUAAAGAUAUUGAUUUCAUGAAGAGAAGUGGAAGUGGAAAUCUGCCUACAGCUAUUACUGGGCAAGGUAGCACUAAUGUAAAUGCAGAAACAUCCCUGAAUCCUACAAUUCCUUCAACACCUGAGAUCAAUACCAACUCUGGAACAUCUUCUGUUAGUCAUCCCUUCCCUUCUUUCCCACCAUUCACCCAAUUUCCUAGCAAUCCAGAUGCUUAUCGUCCAGUCCACAACAUUUCAACUGCUUUCUCAAGCCUCAUAUUGUCUACUCUGUUACAGCAUCCAGCAGUUCAUGCAGCAGCUUGUGUGGCAGCAUCAUUCUGGCCAAUUGCAGGUCUAAAUGCUUCAAUGGACUCAUCAUCAGAAACUGGCCAUGGUGGACUUCCUGCAAGACAUAUAAACCACACUCCUAGCAUGGCUGCCAUUGCCGCUGCAACUGUUGCAGCUGCAUCUGCUUGGUGGGCUACUCAGGGAUUACUGCCAAUGUAUCCCCAUAUUCACCCUGGAUUCACUUCCCCCCCCCCAGCCACAAGCACCGUUCCAAUAGUGGAUCCAUCUCGAACACCAGAUGGUAGGAAAGAUGAGAAAUUUGGCACAUUCGAAAAUUCUGUAAAUAUGGAUCCAGAACAAUCUGAGGCCAAUAAAGCUCAACAUCCAUCUCCGAAAUCAUUGUCUUCUUCAUCUUCAGACUCGGAUGAGAGCAGAAGAAGUGAACUUGAUGGUGCUCAAGCCAACAAGUUCAAAUCCCUAUCUAGUAAUGGCGUUCAUGAUAGUGACAAGGCGAGGAAUAAGAAGGCUGAUCGUUCUUCCUGUGGCUCAAAUACACCUUCCAGCAGCGAACUAGAAGGAGAUAUGGUAUUGAAAAAACAUGAUGGAGAUAAAGAUGAACCUAAACAAACUUUCAAUCCUCCUUCAGGAGAUGCUAACAAUCGCCGAAUUAGAAGUGGAGGGAACAUGAAUGAAUCAUGGAAGGAAGUCUCUGAAGAGGGACGUCUCGCUUUCCAAGCUUUGUUUAAUAGAGAGGUGCUGCCUCAGAGCUUUUCGCAGCCAUAUGGUGAUUCGAUGAUAAUGACAGCUAACAGCAAAGAAGCCAUCGAUGAAUUACCAGUUGAUCUUAAUGUGAAGGCAUCCAGUGAACCAACAUAUAUUUAUUAUUUCCAGGGAUCUGGGAAUACCUUUGGAGAAGCUCCCUUAACCAAUGAAAUCAUUCAUGGGAAGCUGAAAGCUCGUAGGACAGGGUUUAAGCCUUAUAAGAGAUGUUCAAUGGAAGCCAAGGAGAGCAGGGCAACAGCGGGUGAUGAAACUGGUAACAAAAGAAUUCGGCUGGAAGGAGAAGCUUCAAUUUGAUGGUAUGAAAUCCCUUGUUGUUCCUGAUAAAUGAAAGUAAAAUAUUUCAAGAGUUAGUAUGUGUGGAACUUGUCGUGUGUUAGGACCUGGGACACUUAAAUUUAUGUGGUGUCUUAUUAAUCAUUGUUUUAAUAAUGGUUAUGUAUCUGAGCAGCCAUUAUAGCAGGACUGCUAAUAAGCUGACAUUUCUGUCUAUAGGCUAAGGGGAAGUAAUUUCGUUUGGCUUGCUAAUGUUUAUGGAAUCAUGUCUAGAGAUAGUUAUUUUCAAGUUAAUAUCAAGCUUUAAUCAUGUUCAUGCA